AUGAAAUAUUUCGUAUUUGAUCAGUUCUGGCUGAAUGGCCUGAAAGCAACAAGCAGCCUUGCUUCUAUAGGAUCUACUGCCUACCAUGAGCGAAAAGGCCAAGACACAGAUCGGAAGGAUUUACUAAGCUUUCUAUUCAAUGCAAAGGAUCCAGAUACGGGCUCCCCACUAUCGGAAAAGGAAAUUAUUGCCGAGUCUAUCUCCUUUAUCGUUGGCGGCAGCGACACGACAAGUACCACCAUGACAAACGUGGUCGACAUCCUAUCGCGGGCACCGGAGAUACAAAGACAGCUUCAGGAAGAGCUCGACAGUUAUUUUUCUGGACCUCUGGCGGAUGACUGGGUAGCUGAUUUUCAAAUUGUGAAUCAGCUUCCUGUCUUGAACGCUGUGCUUCGAGAGACGAUGCGGUUCAAACCGACGAGUUCUACUGGCCUUGAGAGAGUCACACCUGUCGGAGGCAAGACUAUUUCGGGGACCUAUAUCCCUGAGGGAGUAAGCACUAUGUUCCAAAAUUUAUUAGGUAACAAAGACUUGUGCUUACUAGCUAUUAGACCUUGGUUAGCGUGCCUACACUCAACAUCCAUCAUGAUCCUACCGUCUUUUGCGUGA